GACUACUGACUUGUCAAUUUACCUUGUUUAAUGGUAUUUAUAUUGAGAGUUUGUGUUUAGACACAAUUUUAUAUAACUUGAUACACUGGGAAAACUCAAGUGAAUUAUCUGGCCACAUUAUAAGGAUGGAAUUGAGGAGCGAAAAUCCAGAAGAACAGAAGCAGCUGCAGACGGCGAUGAAGGCUGUCGGGCAGGCAAUUCAACUUGAUACCAGCGGCAGCGCUCCGGAUGCCUAUCUUCACUAUCUGAGCUGUAUGCAGUACAUUUCACAAUGUUUAUUGCAAGAUGCAAGAGCUAAAGUUUGCCAAGCACCGUCCGUGAACCUGAAGACCAAAGGAUCAAUGAAGAUGGUGAAACUUGCUCAGCAAUGCAGUGAACGGGUGGCUGAUAUCAUGAACAACAUGGAAGAAACAUCCACUCCGACCCAUUUCCCCCUUCUAGCCACACACCAGACAGCAACCUUGUCACCCUCUCCUACACCCCCUUCAUCGCUGACAUCAUCGAUGUCAUCCUCCCUGUCACCAUCGCUGUCAUCGUCGAUCCCAUCAGGUCGCAUCAGCCCAUCCAUGUUUCCAGCUGUGCCCUCCACCUUCUCACAUGCUGCACCCUCCCAUGUUGCUGUGGUACGACCCACUGUUCAGCAGCCUGAUCCGCAGAGGUCCCCUGCUCCAAAUGCAUCUCCAAACCAUCAGAGUGAUGAGGCUCUUGGUCCAUUAGAGAAGGCAUACAGAGAGAAUAGAAAACUGAUGGCAACAUACAGGAGCAGACUGAACAAGAUGCAUACUACAAGCAAGAACAAAAGCCUUGUGAACCUGACAUUCCAGCGAAGACUAAUGGAGAAUAUGGCCAUUGCUAAAGCCAGGGAAGCCAGUCUUGCUAAGAAGAUCAAGGAACGUCAGCAACGUCUUAAGGAGCAGGCAGCCCAGAGAUUCUCAUCCAGUGGCCAACCUACCAAGGAAGAAAUGGAACUCAGAACAGUCUAUGCUAACAUAAUGGAGUACGAGAAUGUCAAGACAUGGCUCCAGGAUAGGCGCCAACGGCUGCAGGAAUCACCCGGUGACCUCAGACUGAUCCACGACCUCAUCACCGAGAUCUUAUCGUGUGACCAGCACCCUCUAAGCCAGCUUCUCAAGCGUUACCAGAUCACGAUCUAUCAGAAGAUCAUGCCUCUCAUACAGCGGAAGCUACCCUCCAUUGAGGAGAUUGUGGUUCCCUACAAGGACGUGGAACCGCUCAAACUCCAAGAACCCAGAGCAGUACCAGAGGGCGGUUUCACCACACCCGAUGAACUGGAUCAGAGUAUGGAAGAAACAUUAGCCCAACGUCUUCUUGCCCUUCGUCAAAACAGCACCUCCAGUGCAGAGAGUGAAUCCACUGACCCGAGACCAUCAGUCCAGACCAACAGCAUGCUCUUUGCUCAUAGUGAUGUGAGUGAUGAUAUCCUGGAGGAGCUGUUCUCCGAGGAUGAUGAGGAUGCUCCGUCUCUGGAGGAGGAGCUUAGCACCCAGGGAGGGAGUGUCCACCCUCUACCUGUGGAGCACCAUGAUAGAACUAUGGGCAAGGGAGAAGUUGUCGGUGAUGAUAGAUGUGAAGAUAAUGGGCACCUUGAUGACAGUGGCAUCCAGAAUGGAGAGGAGUCUUCCAGCUCAGAUGAAGCUGCUCCUACAAAAGACAUCCAGGAUGAUGAUCUUGAGGGUACUACUGUUAGAGGGAAGAAUGAGGAAGGUGCCACUUCAGAGGGAGACAGGAUGAGAGAGAUCAGGGAUGAAAUCAGGACUGAUAUCGCACAAGCCUUGGAGGAUGGAGAAAAGCUUUUCAAGGAGUUGGAGGGAAGGACCAUCGACAAACCAGAAGAUGUGGAGGAAAGUAUUAGUGAUGCAGUUGUCAUAGCAACCGAUGACUCCAUUAAUGAUAGAGAUGGAGAAAGUGCAAAUAUUACAAGAACUAAUUCUGAUGCUGCCGAUAAGCAACAUUCUGACUCAGAUUAUGCAAAAGACAAUCACUUAAAUGGUCUUGCAGUCUCCGGUAUGGAUGAAAGAACUAAAAAUAAUUUGUCAGAUGAGAAAAGUGAAAGUGUUAGAGAUGACAGUGAACAAACCGGCCAAGAAGAAGAAGAAGAAGUCCCUUCAGAUGUAAAUGACAGCGCAAAUGGAGAUGUCGCAAGCAACAGUGAGUUAGCAGAAGGGGACAGCAGUGUGGGAGAGAGGGAAGGUGAAAGAGAGAAGGAAAAGGCAAAGGAAGAGGAGGAUGGAGAGGAGAGGAUAGCAGAAAUGAGAGUUCAGGCACUGAGUAGACAUCUCAAAUGCAUCACCAAAGAUGUGCUCAUGUUCACAGAGCGUCUUCAGUCUCUGCUGGUAGCGGUGUACGAGCAGCUCAACAGUACAGCAGCCAAGGAGCAAUGCAUCUCCAUCAUUGAAGCUUUCGUCUUCAAAGAUAUCUGGCAACCAAUCCUCAUGCUCUACAGACGAUUCAACUACAAAAAAGAGGAAUGUGCAGCCAUCGCCAUGACAAAGUACCAGCAUGCCAUGCCCCAGCACAUCGGAGUAGGAGAGAAGUUCUGUCUGCUGAGAGAGGGCGCUGUUCAAGAUGGCAGCCAAGCGUCAAGUAGCGACUACUACCCUUACCAGGCAGCUGUAGAGGAGCUUUGUAAGCUGCAGGGGUACACAUGUCCUCUGCAGAAAAUAGAAUGUAUUGUGCGUGUGUCGAGGAUUGUGAUUGAAUGUGUUGGAGACUACUAUGAGAGCCAAGGCAUUUCUAGACAGAGCUUAGAAACAACUGUUGGUUGUGAUGAUCUGCUACCAAUCUUGAGUUAUGUCAUCAUGAGAUCCUCUCUGCCUCAGAUUGUGUCAGAAUGUAGUGCUAUGGAAGAGUUCAUCCAUGAAGGGUAUUUAUUUGGUGAAGAGGGCUACUGCUUAACGACCUGCCAGACAGCGCUGAGUUACGUCCUCAAACUAGGCAGCACAGAGGAGCUGUCAAAGUCAUAGUACAGUGAAACCUGUAUGUAAAGACCACUCAAGGGCAACGUGAAAAUGGUCUUUGUAGGCAGGCAGUCUUUAUGUAUGGUGUUUAUGUACAUGUUCCUUUUUAAUAGUACAGGUUUCAAUGAGAAACCACAUCCAAGGGAAUCAAAAAAAAUUGAUGCCAUUAUAGACAGGUGGUCUUUCUAUACAGGUGGCUGCUUCAACAGGUUUGACUGUACCUUAACGGAUACAUUAUGUCAGGGUAAUCAUUAUGAUGUUACCUUUUCCAUCAUCUUGCCAUCUGAUCCAUCUGAUGAGAUGUCAGCUGUGGUUUGAAUACUUGUCGGGCGAUGUGAAUGAAGGUUGUUGGUGUUAUAUAUAUAUAUAUCCCUGGGCCCUGUCUAACAAAGAGUUGCGACUGAUCCAAAUCAAUCGCAAGUCAUCUA